UCCAGAGGCACUCGGCAGACGUUGCACGCAGGGAGCCACGGACCGGACACGCCAUGGACGUGGAACACGGCGUGCGGGUGCUGGCCGAGCGACCGGCCGAAGAUUUUGAGCCCACUGAGGAAGAGGUGAAGAACUAUGCUGAGUGGUUGGGAUUGGACCCCAAGGUCGACCAGCACAGGGUUUCACUCGGGAAGAACAAGGAGGAUGCGGACUUGAUGCAUUUAGCACGAGAAGGUCUGAAAGCGCCACUUUCAGAAGGUUGGAAGCCUUGCACCAAUGCAGAAAACGAGAUUUUCUACUUCAACUUCCAGACAGGUGCAACAUCAUGGACGCAUCCUGCAGAUGAAGAGUACCGAAACAAGGUACAAGAUCUGAAAAAUGCGAGAAAUGGGAAGCCAAAUCUCCAGAACAUUGUGCAUGCGCCGUACAGCGGAGUCGGCCACAGACCCGUGCUGGGUCAAUCCUUGGGCAUUUGCGAUUUCCUGAGAAGGAUUCUUUGUUGUCGCCGUCGUGCACGAGUGCAUUGCCACUGAGAGCGGGUGGCAGAUAAGGUGCCGUUUGAUUCAUGUAUACAGUAUUCUCACAGGGCUUGCGGGGCCCGACAGAGUCGACAUUCUUGGGCCAACUGGCC